AUGCUUGCCAGCCCAGCAAUCACCCGGUAUGUAUGGCGGUUUCAAGAUUUCCACAGUAUUCCUUUGAGGCGAGCAUGUUUGCGUUGCUUAUCCCGUCGGCUUGGCUCAGAUGGCGGCAUGGAAGGUUACUCGCUUUUUGAACCGGCCGUUUCCCCGCAUCCCUGCCGCCUGGAACACGGACAGCCGAGCGCAGAUGGGACGAGCAGGGAGGGUGCUAUCGGCUUUGUGAAUACAUCCAAGGAUAUGAAUGUUUCCAUUCAUUCGGUGAGCGGGAGGAAGUUAAAGGUUCUGGUCAGGCCAGGGACUGCAGUCCUGGGCCUUAAGGCUGAAAUUGCGAGGCUCUGGCACAUUCCAGAGGUCUGUCAAAAUCUGCUUCUGGGAUCAAGGACCUUGCGCAACAAGGAUUUCCUCUCUGCGGAUCUGUCUCCAGGCGAGACAUGUUUGGAUCUGACGCUACUGAUCUCCGCUCCACCUUGCUGUACAUCAAGAAUUCUUCCUCCGUCUCGUGUCGUUUAUCUACAUGAUCCCUGCAAAGAGGGACGCAGGUCCGAUGGGCCUUCGCCGAACACGUCCGUGUUAGACGCUGACGUGACAAGCUGCGGCCUCUUAGAAGAGUUGGGAAGCAGACACCGUUCGCGAAAGGGGCGCUGCGUGUGCCAGCUUCCCAGCACAUGCCUACACUGCAAGCGCUUGUUGCUCUGUGUCGGAAAUGAAGUCGCGGCAGUCGUGAAGUUGCACCUUCACCGGAUGGCAAAGUCCUUUGCUGAAGCCCUGAAUUUUCUCGUCGAUGAGCACGGUCUAUGCCUUCAUCAAGUGGACGGUUGCUCGACAUCCUGCUUGUCACUGGAGGCAGAGUCUUUGCAGUCCUUCGACGGCAUCACAGCAGUUUUCCCGAAGGUCGCGGAGUUUUCCUACCGUGGCGAGUGGUCGGGGCGUGGGCGGCAAGGUGAUGCCCUGCGCAGCCUCCGAGCCUGGCGGUCCACUCUUCGGAGUCUUACGUUUGAAAUCCUGCCAGGUGAAAGAUCUUCCGGAGCGCUGCACCUGGGAAGCAUCGCCUUGCGAGGCUUCAGUGCCUUGGAAGAUGUCCGCUUACAUCUCCCAGCCGCCUCAAGGCGGCAUCUGGCUGCACUCUCCAACUUGACCGGCCUUCGGCAACUUAUAUUCUGGGGUACUGAUGAGAUCACUUCGGAUCGUGACCUUGUGGACAAGGCCUAUCGGACUUUGGACUUCUCUGGCUGUCGGUUGCUGAGGCUCCUUGCGUUCAGGUCCAUGGCUUUCUGUCUUCCUGAUGAGCAAGACCACCAUGGCUGCAUGGCACUCGCUCUGCCGUCAUCUUUGGAAGAGCUGGUGGUUGUCAACGACAUGGAUGCGCUGUCUGGCUUGACACCCAGGCUGCGUCGAGAUAUCUUGGGGCAGCCGUAUCGAUUGGCCGAGUAUGCCCCAGGGAGCAACUUCAGAACUGAAGACCGGCAAGCCUUAAAGCAAAUCAGCACGACAACCCAGACACCGAGACGAGUGUUGUGGGAGGUCGAUGCUACAUUCACAUUGCAGAGUCCUGAAGAGAUGGAAGCAGCACGGUCCUGUCGGCUGCAGAUGUUGGCUGACCAGGCCACGGAGCACCAUCGGAAGCAGAUUGGACUUCUAGCGAUGCUGGGCCUGAAGCCAUCAAGCGAUGCUCCUUUUCAUGAAGGCGAGAUGGUUUGGUACAUCAGCAUAUUAGGACAUCCCCUGCUGAGACGAUGCUCUGUUCGAAGGGUUGCACCGACCCCAAGGGACGGCAAUGACGAGUUUGCCUACGACAACAUCUACCUCACUUACUUGCUCGUGUCACGGGACGGGGACGAAACAGCCCCAACUGAGAUUGAAGCAGACCCGAUGUUCAUUUUUAGAUCGCAGCCGACGCCGUCCAUGUUCCCAGGCUACGAGAAGAUCGGAAGCUCCUGGCAAUGUGCAACCGGAUAUGCUGGACAGGCCCAUGUUCACUGUGUCAUCAAUGAGACGGAGGUCAUCAACGAAACUUGCGGUUCUUACAUGAUUCUGUCGGGCUGCAUGCAGAUCCAGCCUUGCCAGCCUCCUACUUACAUCGACAAGUGCAUGUACGAGGCCGUGAAUUGCGAGGAUUUGCCAUCGGGCAGCUCCUGUGCUAUCAUCUGCCGCUAUCCAUUCUAUAGCCCUGAUGUCUACGAAGAUGGCCUGUUCUGCCCACAGGACAAUGUGGACCCAUUAAAGGAGGUGGAAGUUCGUCAGAUCCCGACUUGUGAGCUCUUCUGUCCAAGCCCGCCACCACCGCCGGGCUACAUCAAGCUUCAUGACCUGUUGCUGGAAACUGAGAACGGCACGGAGAUCAACAGGGAUCCGGCCUACACCUGUGCACCUGGCUGGACUGGCGCACCAAAUCACACCUGCUCUGUAAACAGUACCACUUGUGCUGUUCCAGUGACAUUGCAGGGCUGCUUCCAGAUGCUGCCGUGCAUGCCUAUCGACCCUCGUUCCUUCGAUACAUGCACUUUCAACAUCACGGAGUGCGAAGAGAAGAGCCAGACGAACAUCGCGGAGUACACUGGCCCUGCACCGGGGACGAUAUGCCAGCUUUCGUGCAGAGAGCCGAUGCGAGGAGACGUCACGAAUGCCUCCUGUGUGGAGCGGAACAUCGAUCCAAGACGAAGAAUGGAGUACGACUUGCCUACGUGCAACAUGUAUUGCCCACCACCAGAGGUGAUACCAGAAGGUUACGUCCAUGUAGGUGCCGCAGCUGGCAAUGUUUCCAACAGUACAGUCCAGCUGCCUGACGGUGCGAAUGUGGCCAGCAUCGAGUACCGCUGCGCGCCUGGCUACGCUGGCCUGGCGCAGAUCUCCUGCCACUUGCAAGGAUCUUACAGCAGUGCCACCGGGACAGUGGAAUGUGUCACCGUGACAUCUUUCUCUGGCUGUGCGCCGUCGCAGCCAUGCGUGGCCCCAACGGUAGACUCCUGCCGCCAUGACGUCUCGGCCUGCCGGGACCUGCCUCCGGGGCAGAGCUGCAACGUGAGCUGCACUCCACCUUUGGUGGGUGGUCCGAGCACAUAUCACUGUCCGGCGGACAACGUGGAUUCGACGCAGCUCGUGUUGGGAGAGCUUCCUUCUUGCCGCUUCCCCUUCGGCUGCGAGGAGCCCGUGCCUCUGACCGAAGGCUACAACAAGGUGAACGGGAGCUACGAGUGUGCUGAAGGCUACAUCGGAGAGGCCGAGUGGGACUGCUAUCUCGCUCGGUUCUGUGCGCCGAUGCUCAUCCUAUCCGGCUGCCACGAGUUGGUGCCUUGUGCUUUGCCAGCUCAAGAGGAUCAGAUCUGUGGCCUGAACUACUCCGCAUGUACCGGGACCGGCCCUGGACAGAUGUGCCGAGUCCCCUGCUUGGCCGGCUACGUGGAAAACACCUCCUACGUGUGGGAGGAGGAUGAGGUUGAGAUGGAAGAAGAGUCGCUGAGCAACAUCUCCAUGGCGGGUCUCCCCGACAAUUCCACGGAGCCCAGCUGCCCCGUAGGCAAUAUUGACCCCACGAAAGUCAUCGACUUCGAGCGAAUCCGCUGCGAAUUCCAGGUCUGCAUCGACCCGCAUCCUGCACCACUGGGCUACACGAAGCUAACAGAUGGGACAUGGACCUGUCAGCGGGGAUACGUUGGAGAAGUCGUCACGGAGUGCCACGUGUGCAAUGCGUCCCUGACUUUGUCAGGAUGCAUGCCAGUUAUGCCAUGUGUGGCGCCGGUACUCCCGGAUGAUCAGUGCAUGCUGGACCUCUCGAACUGCACGUUCCUGAACCCCGGAGACAGCUGUGAGAUUGCCUGCCAGUGGCCGUUUACCGGCUCGCUGCCUUCGUAUGGAAUUUGUCCUUCAGACAACACGGAUCCUACCUUUGAGUUCAACUUCACCAUGCCGCACUGCGAGCUGACAUGCCAUUCUCCGGAUCCUGUCCCCGAAGGCUACGUGUUGGCCGAGUCUGGCGAAUGGCAAUGUGCGGAAAGCUACAGCGGCAAAGCGGAAUAUCACUGCGAAUUGAUGUCGGAAUGCUGGUCGAUGGCAUCACUCUCUGGUUGCUAUGCCCCUCUGGCCUGCGACGUGCCUACCCUGGCGUUCUGCACGCACGUUGAGAUUGGCUGCAAUGGCUCCCUGCCUGCUGGCCAGGAGUGCAACUUCACCUGCAUUCCGCCGUUCGUUGGUGAAAUGGAAGUAGCCCACUGCCCUCAUGACAACCAGGACGCGGCUGGUGGCCUGGUAUGGUCGCUCCCGCGGUGCAUUAUGCCCUUCUGCGACGAGCCAAUCGGGGAAGGAUACCAGCGGACCACCUCUGGCUGGCAUUGCGCUCCUGGCUAUGCCGGCACCGUGAGGUCGAGCUGCGAUUCUUCUUGGGAUUGCUGCGAGGUUCAUCUGUCUCUGGAAGGCUGCAAUCCCAUCUUGGGAUGUGCCGUGCCAACAGAAUACGACGAGUGCGAGUUGGACUUCUCUGACUGUGUGAACAUCUCUUCCGGGGAAAGCUGCGAGGUGGCCUGUCGUGAGCCACAUCUCGGACUGCCCACCGUCGCUGAGUGCCCGGAGGAGAACACAGAGCCGGGGCGAAGGAUUGACUGGACACCACCACGUUGUCAGAUCCCCUCUUGUCCGGCGCCGGAGCCCAUGCCACCGGGCUAUGACUACGACAACGAGACCCGGACCUACACUUGCGCGGACGGUGGGAGCCUCAUGGUAAUUGCAUGUGGGAAGACACUUGCCAGCUUCGUUUUCGUUGCUUUGCUUGGCACUCAGGUUAUGGCGGCCGGCCUAGUGUCGCCUGUCGUGCGGGUGCACCCCCAGGGUGCGAGGUGGUGGCAGAUUCCAAGCUGCAGAGAGCGAGAGCCGAGAGCCCCGAAGUUUCUUUGUGUUGGCUGA